GUGUUGGAACGCGUGGUGGCGAGCCGCUCGCGAACACAAUACGUAGCGCCGGUGUGUGUGUCCUGACUCUCCUUCUUCAGUGCCCAGUGCUCCGCUCAUGACUGCCGCCCUGCCCUAGAAAUGUGUUCUCGGUGUAUUUGAGUGUGUGCUUUAGUGUGUGAUCACAAGAAAACAUGACUAAAGAAAUGAACAAAGACGCCGAAGCGUAUGACAGGGAAUAUGAUGGGUUUCUCAAGCAGCUUGAAGAAUUUCAUCAGCAGAGAGGGACGGCCUUCAAGCGGCUGCCCCGCAUCAACGGGAAGGGAGUGGACCUGUACCUGCUGUAUGUGGUGGUGACGGCGCGCGGCGGCUGGCAGAAGGUCAAUGCUCGUUGUGAGUGGGAGGAUAUCCUUGAGGACUUUCGUCUACCAGCAGGUUGCGUAAACUCUGCUACUGCCCUCAAACAUAUUUACAUAAGAUACCUUGAUGCAUAUGAACGCAUUAAUUUUCUUGGGGAGGAUGGGGAGGAGCGUGGGGCAGAGAUGGACGAUGGAGAAGACUCCAGACUGAUGAGGACCAAACGUGCUAUACGGUCUCUUAACACUGUUCCCCUCUGUUACAACCAUCAACAGCACAACGUCUUAGAAUCAAUCAGAGGUGGCUCUGGGUUAUCGGUAGAGGUGUACAGACCUUCACUGUAUGACAAGCUGGCACUCUCUCUAAUUUCUCCACUGCCAAAUGAACAUGACUUUGCCUUCAAUGUAUGCACCAUACUGAGCAAUGAGGGUCGUCAUGUUAUGCAGCUUAGCCAGUGUCCUCGCCUAAUUGAGCACAUGUUGGGUCACACUGGUGUUUAUAAGGACUGGGAAACGCAGAAAUAUUUCCUAAAUACAUAUAAGGAGACCAAAGGAAGAAGUUUGGUCCAGUUUUGGAUUGACUCCUUGUGUGAUAAUAGUGUAUUGGACCUCCUCAUUCCUGAUAGUGUCGAUCAGCCGCUGAUUAUAGAGGAGGAGGAGGAGGAAGUUGAUUUAUGCAGAUUUGGUUUUGCAGGACUUGGUUCUAGUGGUGCUAUAGAUAGUAAAAAUGUGCAUAGCUUGAGCAGUGAUAGUUUGGCAAAUUUUGAUGAUAAGGAAAAUUUUUUAUGUGAAGACACUUGUGAACCAACAAUAUUAAGAGAUUCCUGCAUUACAAGUGAAACAAAUUUAAUCUUAGAAAAUAGAUUUGGUAGUGGGUGUUUUGAACAAAUAGCUGAGCCCAUAUUUCGUAGAAUAUCCGCAGACUCCAUCACACAACUGAAAAAAGAAACCAUAUCAAAACGACUAAAAAAGCUUCUAGAAUGUGAAGGGAGUGACCUUAAGCUGGCAAAAGAAGAUAUAGAGAUAUUUCAUUUAGGACGGGAUCUUGGCACACAGGAUCCCGAGGGAACACGAAUUAGUCAAAUUCUUCAUAUAAUUCGCAAUUUAUCUUUUGAAGAGCAAAAUGUACCAAGUCUUGCAAAGUCUCAAACAUGUCUCAGGUUUCUAGUUUUGUGCAUAUGUUCACAAUGGGGAGGGUUGGCUGUCAAUGCUCUGGAUACCCUGGGAAAUAUAGCACCAGAGGUAAAACUGCGUGACCCCAAAAUUGACUCGUGUUCGGCUUCGUUACUAGCACAUGUAUGUAAAGGUGUCUCUUCACCAGACCGAGCAUUUGUCCUAAGGUGUCUGGAAGUCCUCAACAAGCUUGCCAUGAAUGACCCAAAUGAAGAAGUCCUUAGUAACAAUAUUGAUUCUCCGGUGUAUGGACAAAUCUGCAGAUAUCUUACAAUCCAUGACAUAAUGCUUUUGAUAUACACUUUGGAGUGUCUUUACUCGUUAUCAUCAUUGGGGACUCAAGCUUGUAAUGCUAUAGUUCGAGCAACAGGAUCCAUUCAUACACUCAUCUCGUUACUCACUGUAGAAGCACAAAGUUAUGGGCCUGAAGCAUGUAUUGGUAUGAAGGUUGUAGAAACUGUAACUGGAGUAGUGAGUGAGCCUGAGCCAGUAACUCCUCCUCCUCCUCCUCCUCCUCCGCCUCCUACCCCGGCUCCAGUGGUCACUGCUGUUACAGCAGCUCCAGCACCAGCCCCUCCUCCCGUCACUCCAGUGGUGCCUGUUAGUAAUACAGUUCCUGCUCCACCGGUUGCAACUGUUGCCCCCAAGACCCCCAUUACUAAACCUCUUCCCCCCGCAGCUGCAUCACCACCUACACCAACAACUACUACGACAACAGCAGCAACUAUGGCUGCUACUCUUGCUGCUGGUGGUGAUCCAAAGAAACUUGCAGCUAGAAUAGUACCGCCAGAAGUUGAGGAGUUUGUUAAAGAAUGGGUCAUGAAGAACUAUGAAGCUUGUAAUGGAAAUGCCAUAGAACAAGCAAUUGUUUAUCGCCAUUUUGCUGCUUCUAUGCAUUCCAUGGGCCGGAAGCAGGGUCUAAAUCCAGUCCUCCUCUCAAAUUGUGUUAGGAAAGUGUUUGGGACUGGUGUUGGUCCCAGUCGACGACCGGUGGAUGAAGGGGCAGAAAAGUGGCACUACAAUGGCAUUAGGCGACGGGAUGGCGUUGUUGUUCCACCAAUGCCCGAGAAGAAAAGGGGCAUGAGAAUAAACAGCACCAUUCCUGUAUAUACACCAACCCCAGUUAUUCCUGCUGUUAACACCAUUAAUGCUCAGGUUACUGAGGGGAGAACUAUGGGUUCCAUUAUGGGCUCUCCUCAGUUGGUGUCAGCAACUACAGCUCAAACUGAUGGCAUCAUAUCCCCUUCCUCACCAAUUUUGAAAGCUCAGCUCUCAGCACCACUCAGACCGUCCCCACCACCACCUGUCAGACCACCGCAGGGCAUGGUGAGUGGCACCAUGUCUCAAGGUGUGUAUAGCAGUGCACAGCAGCAACAAUCCCCACAGCAGUCACAACAAGUUCAAGCAGGCAGCAGAACAGAUAAUUCUGCUCUUAUCAAGAGUCUUUUGGCCAACAAGGUAACGCCAGUGGGAGUAGGUCAGGCAGGCAGCAUGGACCCUCUCCACCCCCACCAGUCUCCCCAUUCACGACCCCUUCUUGUUUCCUCUACACCGCCACAGCAGCCCAGGGGUACCACAGGUGCUUUAUCAUAUGUACAAGCACUAUCCCAAGGUCCUCCAGGGCCCUUGGGACCCAUGCUGAGUCCUACAAGCAUGGUAUCUUCCCCUGGGAUGCAGGUAGUGUCAGGGGGUCUUGUUGGGGGUCUUGGGGGCCAGCAUGGACCACACCAGCCACCACCAUCACCAGUACAGGUGUCAAGAAAUAUUCAAAAGCAGCAGUUGCAGCAACAACACACUGAUAAUAGUCAGGAUAGCAGUAGUGACUCUCAAAUUAGAAAAACAACAUCCUUCAAUGGAAUAUGUAAUGAGAUAAAACGUUGUGAAGAUGAUUCAAAUUCGUUUCUUUCCUCUGGAUUGAAUGAUAAGAAAGUGACAAGUUUUGAGGGCAUAUUACAAAAUGGGAUCAAGUCUGAAAUGGACUUAAAAGAGGAGGAAUUAGAAACCAAAACAAAAAAGAAUGUGUUGGCGGAUCUUUUAGAAAAGACAGUUGGUGGAGACAUAUUAAACGGUGUGGUUGAUCGUGAAUUAAGAAUUAGUGACAGAGGUCUGGAAUUUGUCAACCAUGGUCAACAGUUAAAAGUUAAUGGUCCAAUUACUUCUAAUGGUCAGACUGGUAUUGAAUCUGUUCAAGGAGUGAAGAGGCCUGCUACUCCUGAUAACACCCCAGCUAAGAGGAUAGCACUGGAGGACCCAAGAGCAGGAACAGACAGUCGUAUCACAUUAUAUGUUAGCCAGAAUGGAAGUGAGAGUGGCGAAGUUAUUUCCCAAGGACACCAAGUUGUGUUGAGUCAAGGACAACAGUUUUCCCCAGCAAACAGUACUGCUCCACAGCAAAUGGUAGUGAGUCAAGCAGUAUUAACUGGGCAGCAGCAAGGAGCACCUACUCAAACUGUUGUUACACCCCAAGGCCAGGUGAUCCUGCAGAGACCUGGCACUCAGACUGGUGUGAUCAUGCAGCAAGGUGGGCAGAUCAUUCAGGGAACAUCUGCUGGACAAGUUAUCCAGCAGGUUAUCCAACAAGGGCAGUCAGGACAAACACAAAAAGUUAUCCUUCAUCAGGGACAGUUGGGGCAGGUUUUAGGAAGUCAAAUGAUUCUCUCUCAAAACAGUAGUGGCCAACACCAGGUUUUGGUUCAGGGAGGGAAUAAUUUUCAGGGACAAGUGAUUAUGCAGGGGGUUCCACAUUGUCAGGGACAAGUGUUUGUGCAAGGAAAUAGCCAAAAUCAGUUUGUGAUGAGUGGUAACCAAGGUCAGACUGUGGUGGUCCCAGGCAGUCAGGGACAACAAGUGGUAGUGUCAAGUGCCCAAGGUCAGACAAUGAUUGUUGCUGGGAAUCAAGGUCAACCUGUAGUAGUGAGUGGACAACAAGGUCAAAGUGGUCAAAUGGUGAUGCCUGGUAAUGUGGGUGGUACAGUACUAUUGGCGCCUCAGCAACAAGGAUCCACAGCAAAGACUUUAAUUAUUUUGCCCAACCCCAAGAUGGUGCUGGCAGGUAAUCAGCAUCAGGGUGGCCAAGGUCAGCAGUUAGUGUUACCGCGUCAAGUGACUGGACAACAAAUUGUACAAGUGGUAUCUUCUGGAACAACGGUUCCAGUUGCUUCUGUUAGUACAGCAGUGAGAACUGUGCAUGCGGUACCCUCUGUAACAGAUGUGCGUGUGACGCCCACCCCUCCACCUGUCCAGAUUCAGAGUUCUAGUGGUAGUAGUAGUAGUAGCAACAACAGCAGCAGCAGUAGUAGUGCAUCAACAUACAGUGCUCAGACUUCAGCUUCUUUGCCCUCUGCCAUUGCUCCUGCUCCAGCUGGUCCAACAGCUGUUCCAGUGUCACAAACUUCAGUGAGCCAGGGGCCUCAGACGCCCCAUGUUCCCGCCCCACAAGUGCUUGCGUCUGGUGUGGCACGACGGCCUGGAAAAGCUAGUGGCUUGCAAUAUUUAUGUGAAUGGCGUGGCUGUAGCCAAGUGUUUAGUAGUGCUGGUCAGGUGUACCACCAUGCCUGCAAAGUGCACUGCCCUCCACAUUUUGCAGAAAUUCAGUGUGGAUGGGCAGGCUGUGACCCCAUGGUUAGAAGACGGUUUAGUGCCAUGACUCAUCUACACGAUAGACAUUGCAACGAACAGCUUUUACAGAUUCUGGCAGUCAGACGGUCACAGUUAGCCACAACAGGGAAGACGGAUAUUCCCAUCCCUCAGACGCCACCUCCACAUCCUGGUUAUGCGCCUAAUGCAGCUUUUCAUGCCAUCAAGAGACACGCUCUUGAAGUCAUAAAUCAGAGAGAUGCGGUGGAAAAGGAAGGACCCGUUACAAAAAGCAUUCGUUUAACUGCCGCUUUGAUCCUUAGAAACCUAGUCAUAUAUUCUAAUACGGGGAAAAAAUUACUACGAGGAUACGAGUCUGAGUUAGCAAAUGUAGCCCUCAGUACAAUGGAAUCUUCGCGAACAGUUGCACAGAUCCUUUAUGACAUUCGCCUUCCUGAUCACCAAAACCUGUAGUCUAGGGAGGUUUCAGAAAGUAAAAAUAUAAAUUAAAAUCCUCUCACAGUAGGGUAAAAUUACCUCCCUGAUAUUCUUGAUCAUGGGAUGGUACUUAAAAGUGGCAUCAUGUACACAAAUUAUUUGAGGGCCAAUUAAAGUGUUCUAUGCUGUCCAUAGUACGUUUUGUGAACUCUUAAUUCUCCGUGUGAUGGUACACUCGAUUGUAAUAUAUCAAGUCCAUGAAAUUGGGCACAUCAAUAGUGCAAUUAUUUAAGUAUUGACAUUGAAAUGAGAGUGACUGAGAAAUGAGUAUUGAGUGGUAUUUAUAUUGUGACAGUGACUAUUUGGAUGAUAAUGUCCUUGCUUGUUGGAGACCUGCCUUGUAGUUUAUUCAUUCCUUAUGUUAGACUUUUGCAUUUAGAUGAUAACCUAUCAUUGUAUAGAACUCAAGGUUAAAGUCUGUGGUAUAAUUUUUAAUAUUUAUUUUUUAAUUAGCCCAUUUAAUUUUUUUUUUUUAAGUUACAGAGCUUAUGUAGAUAUUGACUGAAUGCAGUGUAAAUGCUACUUUAAAGGGUUAUUUUAAUAAGUAAUCUCACAUUGCUAAAUUUAGCUCUUUUAUGACCAGUUUAGCAUGAAGGUGGAUCUGUAAGCACAGUUUUGUAAAUUUUGUACACAUUGUAUAAAUAAAAUAAAUUCUGUACAUGUAGAUUGUAAUAGAAACAAUUUCGUCUGCUAAAAGCAAGUUAAAGACAAAAUUUCCUCCAGUACACAUGCUUGAGAGGCAGCUGAGGGUAGUGGUGCCAGCACAAGGUCCAGAGAUGUAAAUGAGGGUUUUGUAUAUUGUACAGAGUGGACCUAGUUAAAAAAAAAUAUAUAAAAUACAAAUAAAAAACUCUUUGAAAAGGAAAAAGUUGUGAUACCAAAUAUAUAAUUUUUUUUUAGAGAAAACUUCAACUCUACAUGAAAAACUUAAUUCUAUUUUCUAUCAUUAUUUGUAGAAUUAUAGAUAGUAGUAUAUUAUUUUUUACCAGUUUGACAUGUAUGAUGUAGAUACUGGGCAGUAAAUACUGAUUUUUAUGGAUUAUUUCUAUUAUACAAGAAGCAUAUACUCUGUGCAUCAAAAUAGUUAUGAAUGGAAUUCAAUGAAUGAAAAAAAAUGUACAUUUCUCUAGAUUAUUAUAGUCUUCAUAUGAAAAUUACCAUUAAAACUCCGUACCUGAGUCAUACUUCACACAGAUUAUUGUUCUACUAGUAAAUGUUUUCCUAAAGUUGGGAUAGGAAUGCAGGUAUCACAAGGAGCUGCGUUAUCCCAUGUAAUAGUAAAUAGUUAAAAAGCUUUACGAUGACAGGCUUGUGUCUAACCAAGGUUACUGCUGCUGCCAUGAUCUUGGUAGAAAUUCUGACUUUAGGGAUUAUUUGCACAUAAAUGGCUAGGUAUGUGUUUUGUAUAUGGUGGUUGUUUCACAAACUUUACUCACAGUAGCACCAUUAGGUGUCAGGUGGACAUGUAAGUGUGGGCACAAACUAGGAGUCGUCCAAUCAUUAUCUCCUUUGUAACUACACUACUGUAAUGGUAUCUGACUAAUGGUUGUGCAAUGUAUACAGCUUUUUGAAUGGUGCUGAUGACUUAUAGUGGGCAUGGCAGCAGCAGAUAUCAUGCUACACUUUUGUAUCAUUCCCAGAUGAACAUUUCUUUAUCAGACUUUUACUUUCCUGAUGCACUGAGCUGUGUCUUCUGUUAAAACAACUCGCCAAACAUUAUUAUUUUUUUUUCUAAUAAAAUAUUGUAAAUGUUAAUGUAAGUUUUCAUUAAUGAAUCGUGGAAACUUCA